UUUUAGUAUAGUCUGGACUGCCGCAAAAGUCGGAACCAUUGGGAUUCAGGAUUGGAAAUAGGAAUACAGGAAUUUGCCAUGGAGAAAACAAAAGUAAAGGAGCUGGAUCAAGUGGGGGAUUCUAUCCAUAAGAAGCGCGAUGCGAUCUGGCCAGUGGUUCUAUUCUAUAUCCAUGUAAAUAUCCUCGGUGUUUAUGGGAUCUACAUUCUGCUUACUAGCGCUUCGUGGGCCACGAUUUUAUUCACAUCUCUCCUCACACUUCUUGGAAUAUUGGGUGUGACUGUGGGUGUCCAUCGUCUUUGGGCCCACAAGACUUUUACCGCCUCCAAACCUCUGAAGGUUUUUCUCAUGUUUUGCCAGACGACAGCAGGCCAGGGCUCCAUUUACAGUGUAGUUCAGGCCCAUCGACUGCACCACGCGAAAUUCCAGCAGGAUGAGGAUCCUUACUACAGUAAACACAGCUUCAUGUACGCCCAGGUCCGAGGGGGUCUACUAAAAUACUCGCCCCAGCAGGAGGAACUGCUUAAGGAUGUGGAUAUGUCGGAUUUGGAAAGCGAUCCCAUUGUCAUGUUUCAGAAGCGGUUUUAUGUCUUGCUGUACAUCUUCCUGAACGUGCUGCUUUCGAUCAACACCCCAUUCCAAUACUUUGGGGAAUCGUUGGCCACCUCCAUGUUCGUGGGUUUCUGGUUGCGCAGUCUCAUUGUGAUUAAUCUGGGAAACCUGGUCAACUCAUCACACUUUAUUUGGAGCAUCCACAAGGGCUUUAAGCCGACGGAUUCAAACAGUAUCUUUCUGAUCACGAAGAGCUACUGGCCGCAGUAUCACUAUCUACUUCCCAGGGAUUACCAGAGUGGCGAGUUCGGGGACUAUGCCUCGGGAAUUGGAUCUGCGAUGAUCCGAGUGUUUGCCGCUCUCGAUUGGGCUAAGGAUCUGAAGACCAUUGGAUCCGUGGCCGUGCGUGAAGGGCUCACCAAGGCGGUGGAAACGGGCCGACCGAUCGUCAAGUGCAUCGAGGAACAGGUGGAGUUGGAGGAAAACGCCCUGCCCUCCAACCAUUUCCUCAACCGGGAGAAGUUUAUGUGAGCACAUUGCAUCAUCGGGCCACUAAAAAGAUGUGACAAAUGGCCGCGGCAGUCGUUAAAAUAAAUUAACCGCCAUUCAGAGGAGGCGGGGUAGAGUAAA